AAAAUUUUUUUUUUUUGAUUGACUAUUUUCCGUCUGUUGCAAUUCGGGUUUGAACUAUGUAUAAAACCAUGCAACUCAAAGAUGGGCAUAUCCUUGCGCACAUCCUGGCUGCAACCUCCAUUGGAGUCAUCUCUGCCACUGCGUUUCACUACUACCAUCGACAAAAGCCCCAAAAACAGUUGGAAGAUCAAACCGUAGUUCCAUUGUUAGACAGGAAUGAGUCUGGCCGUGUUGCCAAACUUGAAAGAUUCUCCAAUUAUGUCGCUAGGCAGAUAGGAUUUGAAGAUGGAAGUGAAUGUCCCCAACUUUGCAAAUUAGCAUAUGAGUACCUCAAAAAAUCCAAAGAGUGUGAGAGUACUAUCUAUGAGUAUUUUGCUGAUGAGCUGUAUGUGAAGUUGGUUGAGGAGUUUGAUAGGUGCAUCCUUGCCUACUUUGCAUUUCAUUGGAGCCAAGCUUCUCUCAUGAUCAGUCAGGUAUAUGCAUAUAUAUGUGUUUAUAAAUGUUUCAACAAAAAUGUUUGGUAAUCGAAAAUUUUACUUCAAAAAUUAGUCAGAAAAAAAUAUUGAAUCGAAAACUUUACUUCAAAAAUUAGUCAGAAAAAAUAUUGGAGUAGUUGAGAUUCAUUUUAAAUUAGGUCCCACUAUAUGUGUGUAUGUUUUUAUAAAUGUUUCAACAACAAUAUUAGGUAAUUGGAAAAUUUAAUUAGAAAAUUACAA